GCCCCAAGUGUCCACUACGAGUCCUGCCGGCUGCUCACCCUUCUUCCGAUCGCGAUUCGCGAGUGCGGGCGUCGGCGAUUCCCUUUCUUUUCCUCUCGAUGUCGAUGGCCAAUGGGACGAAGCCACCCUCGUCGCCUCAACCCCUCACGCCCGAGACGGCCAGAUCUCUCGUCGAUUCCGUCGAAGCUUUCUUGUUCGAUUGCGAUGGUCUCUUCAUUUUCUCCCUUCUAAAGAAACUUAGGGUCAUCUGGAAGGGCGACAAGCUCAUUGAAGGUGUUCCACUUGCCUUGCAAGCACUCCGAUCUUUGGGGAAGAAGCUGGUCUUUGUUACAAACAACUCCAGAAAAUCAAGGAAGCAGUAUGCUAAGAAAUUUGCAUCUCUUGGUCUUGAUGUUAGCGAGGAAGAGAUAUUUUCAUCAUCCUUUGCUGCUGCGAUGUUCCUGAAACAGAGAAACUUCCCGAAGGAGAAAAAGGUCUAUGCCGUUGGAGAGGAAGGCAUACUAGAAGAACUCACACUGGCUGGUUUUUCUUGCUUGGGCGGCCCUGAGGAUGGCAAGAAGGAAAUAGAGCUCAAGAACAAUUUUUGGUUUGAACACGAUAAGAGUGUUGGAGCGGUUGUUGUUGGACUUGAUCAAUACAUUAACUAUUACAAGCUUCAGUAUGCAACACUUUGUAUCCGAGAGAACCCUGGAUGCCUUUUCAUCGCAACCAACCGUGACGCUGUUGGUCAUAUGACUGACUUGCAAGAAUGGCCAGGUGCAGGUUGCAUGGUGGGAGCAGUAGCCGGCUCAACUGGCAAAGAACCAACUGUGGUUGGAAAACCAUCAACCUUCCUCAUGGAUUUUUUGUUAGAAAGAUUUCAAAUCGAAACAUCCAGGAUGUGCAUGGUUGGCGAUCGUCUGGACACCGAUAUACUCUUCGGGCAAAAUGCCGGCUGCAAGACUCUUCUUGUUCUCUCAGGUGUGACUAGUUUAUCAGAUCUUCAGCACCCUACAAAUGAAAUCCACCCUGAUUACUAUGCCAGUAACGUGGUCGACUUCGUCGAACUAUCAAGAACCUGCCCUCUUUGAGGACACGAAAUUCUUCGAAAUAACUUGUAAGGACAUUUCUUACUCCAUUUUCGAGCUUCUGUUCCCACAGAGAAUUGUUUACAAUUAUCCUUCAACUGUAAACCACGAGAGUUUAACAUUUAUUGAUCCUUUUAUUUUCAGAAUUGUGCUUCAAUAAAAAGUGCCAUAAAAAUUGUGUUUGA